UAUCUUACGAGGAGGCAGACACAGAGUCGGCACGGGCGCAGCACAACGUCUCGGGGACGAGCGCUCCGCAACUGCCGGGCAACUGCCGCACGUUCGGAUAUGAAAGCUGGAGGGAGCUGGCUAAGGCUCUGGCAGACACGAAUGUCCCAGGUGGGGACCCAAGCCUUCAGUUUUACUAUCCACAGAAGCUGGGACACCAGUUCCGAGGCCAGGCCAAUCUGCACGUGUUCGAGGACUGGUGUGGCAGCUCCACUGAGCAGCUCAGGAAGAACCUCCACUUCCCUCUCUUCGCCCAUACGCGCACUACGCUGAAGAAGCUGGCCGUGUCCCCAAAAUGGACCAACUACGGACUCCGGAUAUUUGGCUACCUGCACCCUUUCACUGAUGGGGAGUUUCAGUUUGCCAUCGCCGCGGAUGACAAUGCUGAGUUCUGGCUGAGUCCAGAUGAAAAGACCUCUGGUCUCCAGCUGCUGGCCAGUGUGGGCAAGACAGGGAAGGAGUGGACUGCACCAGGGGAGUUCGGGAAAUUUCGGAGUCAGCAGUCAAAGAUGGUGAGGUUGUCAGCUGCAGGCAGGUACUAUUUUGAGGUGCUGCACAAGCAGGACGACAGAGGAACAGACCACGUGGAAGUAGCAUGGAGACUGAAUGACCCAGAAGCAAAGUUCAAAGUCAUUGACUCCCAAUACCUCUCCCUUUAUGCUAACGAAACGCUUUUCAAGAUGGAUGAGAUUGGGCACAUCCCGCAGACGCUGGCCGCUCACGGGAGCCGGGCUGCUGACGGCGCCGCCGACAUGUUGAAGCCUGACCCCCGGGACGCUCUUUACAAAGUGCCUCUGCUCAGCAAGUCCCGCCUGCGCCGAGCCUUGCCGGACUGCCCGUACAAGCCCAGCUACCUGGUGAAUGGAUUUCCUCUGCAGCGCUACCAGGGGCUCCAGUUUGUUCAUUUAUCCUUUGUUUACCCGAAUGAUUACAGCCGCCUGAGCCACAUGGAGAAAGACAAUAAAUGCUUCUAUCAAGAAAACCCUUAUUAUUUGGAAAGAUUUGGAUUCUACAAGUACAUGAAAAUGGAUCGGCCAGAGAAGAGCCUGGACUCUGGAGAAAAGGCAGAGCAGCUGGGCUCCCAGGAGGGCAACCUGGAUGACUUGCAGUACGUGGAGCCGGACGCGGAGAGUACCAGCCGCCCCGAGCGUGCCGGCACGGGGAGGGCAGAGCCAGCGGGCAACGCUCUCAGCAGCGUGGUGGGCAGCGAUAACGUUCCUGAGGACUAUUCCCUUCGGGAGCGGCGGCGGCUCCUGUCGGUGAUGGGUGACGAUGUAGGACAGGGGGUACGGAGGAGAAGGACGAAGAGAGACUCGGGGGGCAUGAUUCCCAAAGGGGUGAGACCUCGAGGAGACCUCAGUGCCACUAAGGACAGGCCACAGCCAGCAGGCACUGUGCCAGCCGGGAAAGGAGACUCGGUGUCUGGGAAAGCCAGGAGACGUGGUGUGAGCGCUGCCAGCCCCGGCCGGCCGCCCGGGCUGCCGCAGUGGCUCAGCCAAGUGGAGUCCUACAUUGCUGAGCAGAAGGCGGCCAACGGUGGGGAUGUGGGUGAGGGAGAGGCGCAGCUGGCAUCUCCUGCGAAGGGCAAGUCUGGACCUGUGGCAGCGGAAGAGGAAGAGGCAGAUGGGGAGCCAGAAGAGGAAGACGAGGAGGAUUUUGAUUACGUACCAGUGUUUGACCAGGCGGUGAACUGGGAGCAGACCUUCAGCACGAGCAACCUGGACUUCCAUAUGCUGCGCACGGACUGGAUCGACCUGAAGUGCAACACAUCAGGAAACCUGCUGCUAAGAGAAAGGGAGGCCCUGGAAGUCACACGUGUCUUCCUGAAAAAGCUCAACCAGAGGAGUAAAGGGCGGUUCCAUCUGCAGCGUAUCGUGAACGUGGAGAAACGCCAGGACCGCAUGCGGGGCAGCCGCUACCUACUGGAGCUGGAGCUGCUGGAGCAGGGAGAGCGGCUCGUCCGUUUCUCCGAGUACGUCUUUGCGCGGGGCUGGCAGGGUGUUGGCGGCGAUGACGAGGAGGAGAGGAAGAUGAGGAACCUGGCGUGGGGUCGCCGGCGGCACCUGAUGGCUGCGGCGAACGAGCCAGAGCUGUGCUGGCCCCAGGGCUUUUCCUGGAACCACCGUGCUGUGGUUCACUUCGUGGUGCCAGUGAAGAACCAGGCACGUUGGGUGCUACAGUUCAUCUCCGACAUGGAAGAGCUGUUCCGAGUCACUAAGGAUCCGUACUUCAACGUCAUCAUCACGGACUACAGCAGCGAUGACAUGGAUGUAGAGAAGGCUCUGAAAAGAUCGACGUUGCACAGCCAUCGGUACUUGAAGUUGACGGGGAAUUUCGAGCGUUCUGCUGGGCUGCAGGCGGGGAUAGACCUCGUGACGGACCCACACAGCAUCAUUUUCCUGUGCGACCUCCACAUCCAUUUCCCAGCUGGAAUCAUCGAUUCCAUCCGGAAGCACUGCGUGGAAGGCAAGAUGGCUUUCGCACCCAUGGUCAUGAGGCUGCACUGCGGCAUGUCCCCACAGUGGCCUGACGGCUACUGGGAGGUGAAUGGGUUUGGUCUCCUGGGCAUAUACAAGUCUGACCUGGACAAGAUCGGAGGCAUGAACACAAAAGAGUUUCGGGACCGCUGGGGAGGAGAGGACUGGGAACUCCUGGACAGGAUCUUGCAGGCUGGGCUGGAAGUGGAGCGUCUCUCCCUGAGGAACUUUUUCCACUGGUUUCACUCGAAGCGGGGCAUGUGGAACCGGCGCCAGCUGAAGACAUUGUAGCCUUCAACCCCAAAGCUGCUCGGCAGCACCGUCCACCGUCUUGUCUCCAUGUGCACUUUAUUGAGGCACACAGCCGAG